UUUUUUAUAUAUAUUUUUAUUUUUUUUGCAAACAGAAUUUAUUUUUUUGUUUUUAAUUUUUGAUUUUUCAGCAAAAAAAAAAAAAGAUGUCAGAAAAGACUUCGAUCGAAGCGUAUCAUACGCAAACAAUUGAACAAGUGGCAAAACACUUUGACACACACUUAGAAAAUGGUCUUUCAACAACAGACAUUCCUGCACGACACACCCAUUAUGGAUUCAACGAAUUAUCAGCAGACGGUGGUCCCGCAUGGGUCAAAGUCAUGAUUGGCCAAUUACUCGAUGUCAUGAACUGGAUAUUCAUCGCCUUGGCUGUCGCUUCCUAUUGUUUAGCGGAUUAUAUCACCGGAUCCUUAUUACUUUUCAUUGCCCUUUUAAAUCUCUACUUGGGUUUUUCCCAAGAAUAUGCUGCCGAACAAACUUUGGCUGCCUUACGUAGUCUCUCCUCACCAACCGCUCAAGUCAUUCGUGAUGGCGUAGAGCAAACCAUUCCUAGUCGUGAAAUCGUUCCCGGUGAUAUUUUGCUCGUCAAGGAAGGUGAUUCCGCUGGUGCCGAUGCUAGACUGAUCUAUGUUUCCAAUCUUGAAGCUGAUGAAGCUUUAUUAACCGGUGAAUCUGUUCCUGUUGCUAAGCAAUUGGUGUUACUGGAAAAGCCAGAUGAACCAUUGGGCGAUCGUAUCAAUAUGCUUUAUUCUUCCACCAUUAUUUCCAAAGGCCGAGGACAAGCGAUUGUAACUUCCACAGGCAUGCAUACAGAAAUCGGUAAAGUGGCUUCUAAACUCAACGAGGCCAAUGACAGCGACCGUACCCGUCUCCAGAAGAGUCUUGAUAAGAUGUAUGUUCUUUUACUGGUAGCUUCUGUCAUUUGUGUGAUUAUUGUUUUAGCUGCCGUUAAAUUCAAGCCGGAUUAUGACACUGGCAUGUAUGCUAUGACGGCCGCUCUGUCUGUCCUGCCUGCCGGUUUGACAACCGUCAUGACCGUCACAUUGGUCUUGGGUGGUAAAGAAAUGACGCGACAAAAGGCCAUUGUGCGUAAACUCAAAUGUCUCGAGACGCUUGGUUCCGUCACCAACAUCUUUUCGGAUAAGACCGGUACUUUGACCAUGGCGAAAAUGGUGGUGGUUCGUUUUUGGACCCCUCUAGAAGGUUACUUUUAUGUCGAACCCAACGGUUUGGCUCCAAAGGGAGAUGUCUAUUCAACCCGUGACAGAUUAUGUGAUAAAAUCUCGGAUGACGUACAUGCCCAAUUAGUCGAUAAAUCCAACCUUUCCCAUGAGAUCGGACAUCUUGUUCAAUGCGCUGCUCUUUGCAAUAUGUCAAGCAUUUACCCACGCGAGGAAGAAGAUGUUAUGGACGAAAAGAAGAAGGAUCCUUUGGCUGAAACUGAAUCGGAUGAUUGGAUUGCCAGUGGUGCUCCUACCGAAGUAGCUCUUCAAGUCUUUGCUCAUAAAUUCGAUAUGGGUAAACCCCAAUUACUUGCCAACGGAUGGGAACUAUUAGCUGAAUAUCAAUUCGAUUCCACCAUCAAGAGAAUGUCUACCAUUUGUUUAGAAAAGAACACGGGUUUAGUCUAUGUUUUCACAAAAGGUGCGGCUGAACGCGUCAUUGAACUCUGUAACAAUUUGCCAACAGAAAAGGAACGUCAGGACGUCCUUCAAAAUGUGAACCAGUUGGCUUCCAAAGGAUUACGCGUCAUGGGUAUGUCUUACCGCAAACUCGAUUUACCCGCAGAUGUGACAGCCGAAGAAUUAAUGCAAGGCUCCCGUGAUGAUGUCGAACGUGAUUUAAUCUUUUUGGGUUUGACCGGUAUUUAUGAUCCUCCUCGAAAGGAAUCCAGACAGGCUGUCAGUGAAGCGCAUCGUGCAGGUAUCUCUGUCCACAUGCUUACAGGUGACCAUGAAAUCACCGCUACAGCUAUUGCUAAAGAAAUCAAUAUUUUGCACAAGAAUUUAUCUGCCCAUGACCUUCAACGUCUUGUGAUGACCGGCACCGCUUUUGACGCCAUGACGGAUGAAGCCAUUGACGCCUUGGAAGAUUUACCACUGGUCGUGGCUCGUUGUUCUCCUGAAACCAAAGUGAAAAUGAUUCAAGCUUCUGCACGUCGUAACAAUAUUGCUGCCAUGACAGGUGACGGUGUGAACGACUCCCCCUCACUUCGUAUUGCCGACGUCGGUAUUGCCAUGGGUAAAAACGGUAGUGAUGUAGCCAAGCAAGCCUCUGAUAUUAUCUUGACCGAUGAUAAUUUCGCCACCAUUAUUCGUGCCAUUGCAGAAGGUCGUCGUAUCUAUCAAAAUAUGCAACGUUUCUUGUUAUAUUAUUGGAUCUUGUUGUUCAGUUUAGCGCUUGUGGUUCUUGUUUGUUUAGCCGUACGUGAUCCUUCGGGUCGUAGUGCAGCUCCCAUGUCUACCUUACAAAUGAUCUUUAUCUAUGUCGCUAUUACACCACCCGCCGGAGCUCUCAGUACACAACCUGCCUCCAAAACCGUCAUGAAGGAACCCCCUCGUCCCCCUACCGAAAGUAUCUUUAACCGAGAAAUUAUUAUGGACACCGUGGCCUAUUCAGUGGGUAUGGCCAUUGUUUGCUUGGUUGCCUUCUUUGUGCCUCUUUAUACCUUGGGUGAUGGCGUGGGUGGUAUCAACUGUGAUUCUCAUUAUGUGGUCGGUGCCUGUGAUUCCUUCUAUCGAGGUCGCACAUCACUCCUUGUCUCCUUUACUUUUUCUUCCUUGGUGGUGAUGGUGCAUUGUCGUAGUUAUCGUAACAUUGAAUGGAAUUUGGAAGGUAUCCGUGAGACGCUUCAUAAUAGCACCUUUGUGGGUACAUUUAUCUUUGAUAUUGUGACACUGUGUAUCUUUAUCUAUGUACCUCAAGUCGCGAUUGAAGGAUUUCGUAUGCUGGCCAUCACGUGGGAAUGGGGUCUUGAUUGGGGGCUUAUUUUGUUCAUGAUCCUUUACGGUGAAGCAUUCAAGUGGGUAAAGCGUACCUUUUUGAAACCCAUGGAUUCGGGUGCUGUCGAUGAUGAAGAAUAUGAUCUUCAUCAUGUCGCCUAAAAAAAACAAAAAAGGGCUUAUAUCUA